CCGGCCCGGGGCGGCACCAGACCCCGGCACAGGGGAGGAAUGGGCGGCCCCCACCGCUCAGAAGAGCAGCUGCCACCAGUGUCCGGGGCAUGAGGGAGACUGCUUCUCCAGGCCAUCCUGAGGAGAAGGCCGUUCCAUCCGGAAACACAGGCCAUGUGGGGCUCCCAGGAGCUGCUUCUGCUUUGGUUCCUGGUGCUGGCGGCGGGCGGCACUGAGCAUGUCUACCGGCCUGGCCGCAGGGUGUGUGUCAUCGGGGCUCCCAGGGGCCCCGUGUCCGAGUCCUUUGUGCAGCGUGUGUACCAGCCCUUCCUCACCACCUGCGAUGGGUACCGAGCCUGCAGCACCUACCGGACCGUCUACAGGACUGCCUACCGCCGCAGCCCUGGGCCGGCCCCCGCCCGGCCUCGCUAUGCCUGCUGCCCCGGCUGGAAGAGGACCAGCGGGCUGCCCGGGUCCUGUGGAGCAGCAGUAUGCCAGCCACCGUGCCAGAACGGAGGGAGCUGUGUCCAGCCCGGCCGCUGCCACUGCCCUGCAGGAUGGCGGGGCGACACCUGCCAGACAGAUGUGGAUGAGUGCAGGGCUGGAGGGGGCGGCUGUCCCCAGCGCUGUGUCAAUACCGCGGGCAGUUACUGGUGUCAGUGCCGGGAGGGGCACAGCCCAUCUGUGGACGGGGCACUCUGCCUGCCCGAGAGAGGGGCCCCCAGGGUGGCCCCGAACCCCGCGACAGGGGCGGACGGUGAGGUGAAGGCGGAAGUGCAGAGGCUUCAGUCCAGGGUGGACGUGCUGGAGCAGGUUCUUGCAAGAAGGAGGUGUGACAGUCCGACCCAGGCCCCCGCUCUGGCUACCAAGAGCCCGAGGACACCGACCCCACCCCGCCCUGCCCUGGGCCCUGCCCCGCCACCUCUCCGACCAGGAAGGCCCCCCUGCCCCACGUGGGGAGGUGGGAGUGCGGGCCCUCCUGUGCGAAUCCAGCCCCAGCCCAGCCAGCACUCUGGCCUUGUGAGCAGAGCCCGGCCAGACCCCUGCGCCCCCCGGCCGGCUCUGCAGGCCUGGUGGGCCCACAGCUGAGGAAGGUACGAGGGCUUCCUGCCCAGGGCCUGGCGCCUGUGCUGCUCACCAGGCAGCCCUGAUCAUUGUCAGAAUAAAAUGAGACUUGAGCCGC